GACGUGUCGCAUUGGAUUGUUAUUGGGGAAAACACACGGAGGCUGUUUGGAUGCCAUUGCUUCAACAGCAGGCAGGUUCUAGCAGCAGACGGCCGAAACGAUGGCGGAACCCAACAGGCAGGACAUCGCUGCCAUCUUCAAGCGACUGCGCUCCAUUCCUACGAACAGGGUUUGCUUCGACUGUGCAGCUAAGAACCCCAGCUGGGCCAGCAUCACCUACGGGGUGUUCCUCUGCAUAGACUGCUCUGGUACUCACAGGUCUUUGGGAGUACACCUUUCCUUCAUCAGGUCCACUGAGCUGGAUUUUAACUGGUCAUGGUUCCAGCUUAGAUGUAUGCAGGUUGGAGGCAACGCCAGCGCUAUUGCAUUUUUCAAUCAACAAGGGUGCAAAGUCAGUGCCGCGAAUGCCAAAUACAACAGCCGUGCUGCCCAGCUGUACAGGGAGAAGAUCAAAACUUUAGCAACACAAGCUACCAGACGUCAUGGCACUGAGCUGUGGCUUGACAGUCAGGGUCCUCUGUCUCCAACGUCACCAGAGGACAAGCAGGUGGACUUCUUCAGUCUUCAUUCACAGGAUCGACCCGAAAAUCUGAACAUGGCCAAAAUGAGUCUCAGCAACCCCAUAUCAGAAAAGCCUUCAACCCCGGAAAGAGAUGAAGAUCGAAACGGAAAUUCAGAAGAGGGUCCAAGCGUAGAAUUACUAAGUGUUUCCCCAAAAGCAAACCCAGAGCCUUCCUCACUUCUAAAAAAGAAACCAGCAGCCACCAAGAAAACGCUGGCUUCUAAGAAAGGCGGACUGGGCGCCCAGAAGGUCAGCAGCCAGAGUUUCUCCCAGCUGGAGAAGGCGGCUCAGGCUGCCGACAAACAACGAGAGAAAGAAGAGAGCUCCGGUGCCGGAGCCAAGAGGAGCGUCACACCCGAGGAGUCCAGCGCUCCAUCCAUGCGUCUGGCCUACAAAGAUCUGGAGCAGCAGAGGAAAGUCGAGGAGCAGAAGAUGAAGGGAAUGGAGGGGAAGAAGAGGGAGCAAGCCGAGAGGCUGGGCAUGGGUUUCGGCGCGAGGAGCGGAGUCUCUCACUCCGUUAUGUCAGAUAUGCACAUCAUCCAACAGGAAAGUCCGCUCGGAGCCAAGAGCACCAAAGGCCGGAGAUUCACGGAGGAGGACGAGUACGAAGGGUCGUUUAGCUCAAGGACCUCGUCACGGUUUGAGGAUCAAACCGACACCUCUGAUGGUUUCUCUGUGCGGUGGGGAGUUGAUGGAGGCGACGGAGGAGGCUGGAUGAAGGAGAGCAAGAAACCAGAGCCGGACUUCUACUUGUCCGCCACCAUUUCUUCAUUUGACGACAGGGCCGUUGCCAGGAAAAAAGUCGACGUGACUCCCGCCUCGGAUUCUGGAGAAGCUCGGAAAAAGUUUGGCAACGAUGUCAAAGCCAUCUCCUCUGAUAUGUAUUUUGGAAAACAAGACAACUCUGAGUACGAAACCAGGACACGACUGGAGAGAUUUUCAGGGAGUGCCUCGAUAAGCUCAGCGGACCUUUUUGAUGAUCCAAAGAAAGAAACUGGAAGUUCAUAUCGUCUGAGCAACGUCCUGCCCAGCGCUCCUGACAUGUCGCAGCUCAAGCUCGGCGUGCGCUCCGUCGCGGGGAAACUGUCGGUCAUGGCUAGCGGCGUAGUCAACACAAUUCAGGACCACUACAAUUCCUAAGGGACAGCGUGGGUGUAGGUAGGAUUUCCAGUGAGCCCACACCUUCGAAGAGACGUCAAUGCUCCGUAGCAAGUCUGCACAUCUACCACAAAAUUACCCGUUGUAUAUUUUUGGUAUUAAGUGAUGUGUGGAGAAAUAAAAACAUUAUAUAUAUCGGAUGAUUUCUGUUUAACUUACAGACUUGAAAAUCAAUUACUCUGCUUUAAGGUUUCGGGGUUUAUUUGUUUAGAAAUGCUGGAAUCAGCAGAUUGAGUAGCUUUGAGGUGUCAUGAAGAGAGGUUAUUCCUUUUUUUUUAAUUAUUAUUUAUGUAAUCAAAUCAACACUAGUGUCAGUUUUGAUAAUCUUGUUCCGCCAUCGUCCUUCGGUUUGUCAUGCUACAAGUUUCUCUUGUGUUAAUCCACAAAAGCUCGAAAGUGUCCUUUCAAGAGCCCAAAGUGCACUUAGGUUAGCUUCCUCACAGGCCAGACCCAAAGAUGGCAGACGCCUUUAGGGACCAGAGAGUUACUUGGACGUAACCUGAUAAAAGCUAAUAAUGUUGCCUUCAGUUGCUCCGUUUUAUGCUCUGAGUUGAGCUCAUGCAAAUGAAGUCGUGUGAAGUAGAAAUGAUUAAUUGAAGCUUUCGUACAACCCUGUUUGAGAGGUUUUCUUAACUUUCAGCGUGGGCUUGAAUGUCAUUUUAAUUUUGGGCUUUAAGGGAUUCAGUUAAUCUGUUCCAUUGUUGUUUUUUUUCCCAUGCUGAUUUUUUUUUUUUAGGCAACAAACGGCUUCAGUGAUUUUUACCAAUUAGAGCUGGAUAACAAGUUUGGUUAAAAAUUGCCAACCAAAUACGUACUAGACAACUCUUCUGGAGAGAAUCGGUAGAAAUGAUUUAAACUGGUAGGUUUCCUGGCGUUGGCCCGCUUGAUCCAUUUUUAGGACCUGCUGUGAUAAGUUUGGACCCUCAAGCUCACAAGUUAAGGUGAGGUUGAAGACUUUGGAAGGAGACCACGACGUUCUAGAGCAUUUCAACCCUUAGCAUGAUGCUAACGCCGCCGUAACAGCUGGUACAAUGUUGGCACAGCUUGACAAGCUUUAAGUUGACUCCUAUAGAAAAUCUUUAUGUUCUUCUCGUCUGAUUAGAAGGUGUUCGGACAGGUUUAAUGCUAUAUAUUUUAGAACCGGGCCUUCUUUCUUGGUCGGUACCCUCUCUAUCCCUGUGGAUAUUAAAACCAUUGCCGUAGACGGUCAUGAUGUUGCCCCUAAAAGCUUCUGUUGAUGCUAGGCUAAAACUUUGUUGGUUCUGUAACGUUCUAGCACAUUUCCUUUCCUCCGAGGGUGACAGUUUGGGUCAGAGGGUCGGAAACUUGGACACGACUGGGCGUUCGAACGACAAUGACGCUAAACACGUGAGAACGACGCUUUUGGAAGAAACUGAGAAUCUGCAGAUGGUUUUAAAAGCCGGGUCGGUGCCAGGAAACGCUCUUCUUCUAAGAAGAAUUAUCAAACGUCCGGUCAGAAAUAUACAAGGAGCUCUAAACUUGUGCAAGCAACUUUUAAAGUGACUGAGGUUUGUGUUGUGUAAUAAUUUAAUCGUUAAGAAAUGCGUUAAAAACAUUAAUUAUUAGCUAAAUGCUAAUAUUUCCGCCCAUGUGCAGCGAAUGUAAACUUGUCAUCGGCUCUCUCUGUCACACGUAAACUUGACUUUGUAGGAAGAAUAAGAGAUAAAUGUAAAACAUUCCUCAUCUGAAUUUUCUCACCAAAGACAAUCAUUUAUACAUAUUUUUUUUCUGUUUAAAAAACAAAACAAAAACCUUGCUACAGACUAUUAAGAGUUCAGUUUUGCUUUGUGUGUUCAUUGCACUAUUUAAUGUUUUUUCUUCAGUUCUGAUAUUUACUAUUCUCUAUUGUGAAAUUAAACAGGUGCCUUUUAAUGCUGUAAGGUUGGAUUUUGUUGAAAAAAAAUUCUCCUCUGGAAAUCUGUGGUGAAUUUUUUACAGUGUUCUGUAGGAAAUCUUGUCUUAAUUGCAAUUUUUUUUUUUGUUAGUGUUGUUAUAGUUGCUUCUGAAACUUCGUGUCUGCUGUCUUGUGUAAAUAUAGAUGGUUCACUUCACUAAUAGACCAAACUACCUGGAUGCUGUAUUGGGCAUGCAGAAAGUCUGGUUGCAGUCCAAUAGUCUGCUGGUUAAAAGACAAGAUCCAGGUAGUCGCAGAGUUAAAAACUGCUUAGAUUUGCUCAGAUAAUAAGAUGCUUGGAAGCUAGCUCAAGAUUUCCUAAAUUUAAGUAAGUCUGGUAUUCAGAGACCUAAACUUGCCGCCACCAGUGCCCCAAAAAUGCACUGCAAACACUUCCCACAUGUCCUUUAUCUACUUUCUUUUCUUUUACAGAUUUAUUUUAGACUCUGAACAGGAUGUUAAUUUUCCUCUGUGUCCUCUGUUUGAUUUCUCUGAAGGUUGAUUUGGCAGGUUUUGUAUAAAACCCGGAAAAGUCCAAUAAUUUUACGUCGUUAACCAAAUGUGUUUGAUCAAAUCGCUGCAGGCCUCGGUCCAAAGAACUUUGUUUAUUCCCCCUGAUUUCAUUAUGAUGGUGGGAUUCUUGUUACCCGUUUACUCCAAAUUAAUUUGAAGUUUCCACAUGGCAGCUUUGGCUUCAGUGAUCUUUGUCUCCGAGUUAAUUAUGCAUUUAUCAUUGAUAAUUGAUAUCAUUUUUUUUUUGUAGGAAUGUUUGUGUAUUUUUGCAAUUUGUUUAAUUUGCUUGUUCCCUUCAUAGUUUGUGCGAGACACAUCCUGAAGAUAAGACGGAACCACAGUAAUGGCUGUGUAGUCUGUUUGUAGAGAGCUUUUGGUUAUCAUUUAUAUAUAAAAUAAAGCUACUGCUAAUCA